UGCUCGGCCGCCUGCAGACGCACCACCAAGCCCCGACUUCUGGAUAAACUUUUACUUUUUAUUCCUCUAACGCAUCUUUAUAGGAAUCUGGAAGUUUUUUCUUUUUCUUUUAUUGCAGUGCAUUCAUUGUCAGGUUUUGUCCUGAAGAAAAAAAAAAAAGAAGCCGUUUUUUGAAGGAGUUGGAAUAAGGAUUAUUCUCCGGAGCUGCAGGAAUCUUUUUUUUCCAUUCAGAGGAUUACAAAAAAAAAAGUUUGCAACUACUUUGAAGGGUUUUUAAGUGUCGGAAAAGCUUUUCUCCUUGACUUUUGUGUUUUUUCCUCUUGGAAUACAAUGCUUUAGUGGCUCAAACGGACUGGGUAAAAGUUGAUGCAUCCCCGGCAUGGACUCUGACUGAUGCUGGACCGCUUCUCUGACCAUGGCGCUCACAGGUAGAGGCUUACUGUUACUGAUGUUGUGGACUCUGUCGCGGUACUCAGCCUCCAGCCAGGUCCGCCAAGAGUUCCAGGUCCCGGAGGAGCAGCCCGUCGGCACCUACGUGGGCACGAUAGAGACCAAGCCGAGCUUCACCUACCGCUUCAGCGAGAACCACAAACUUUUCUCCAUCAACGGCACCACGGGAGUCAUCUACACCUCGUCGGUGAUCGACCGGGAGCUCCUGCAGAGCGAUGUCAUCAACGUGGUGGUGCUGUCCAGCCAGCCCACGUACCCGACCGAGGUCAGGAUCACGGUGCUGGACAUCAACGACAACUCCCCGGUGUUCCCGGACGCGUCCAUCGUCGUGUCCUUCAAGGAGGACGCCAGCAGCGGGAGACAGGUCAUCCUGGACACGGCCACGGACUCCGACAUCGGGAGCAACGGGGUCGAUCACACCACCUACAGGAUAGUGAGAGGCAACGAGCAGAGGAGAUUCCGCCUGGAUAUUACAGUCAACCCUAGUGGAGAGGGCGCAUUCUUGCACCUCGUCUCCACCGGGGGCUUGGACCGGGAGGUCACUCCCUUCUACCAGCUCCUCGUCGAGGUGGAGGACAAAGGGGAGCCCAAAAAGUUUGGUUACCUGCAAGUUAAUGUCACUAUCCAAGACAUAAAUGACAACCCCCCUGCUUUUGGGCAAGAUCAGUAUCAAACCAGCGUGUUUGAGGAUGCUGCAGUGGGUUCCAGUAUUCUGCAGAUCACAGCCUCAGAUCAGGACGAGGGGGCCAACGCUGAAAUCAGGUACAUUUUAGAUGAGGGGACGCCUUUCCAGAUCGACCCGAAAGCAGGUACUAUUAUUAUAAAAGAGGGUUUGGAUUAUGAGAGCAAGAGGGAGUACUCGUUAACUAUCCAUGCAGUUGACAGCGGGGUCCCGUCUCUGUCAGGCAGGACGGAGGCAACGAUCAAACUCUUAGACGUGAACGAUAACGACCCCGUUGUGAAGUUCAGAUAUUUCCCCACCACUUCUAAAUUUGCCUCUGUGGAUGAAAAUGCCCAGAUCGGCACGGUGGUGGCUUUGCUCACCGUCUCAGACUCAGACUCCUCCACGGCUAACGGCAACAUAUCUGUGUCGAUCCUGGGAGGCAACGAGCAGAGACACUUUGAAGUGCACACGUCUCCCGUGCCCAAUCUGAGCCUGAUCAAAGUGGCCAGCGUGUUAGACAGGGAGAGAAUCUCCUCGUACAACCUAACUGUGUCCGUGUCAGACAAUGGCAAGCCCAUGGCCCGUUCCUCUUUUGCCAGCUUGGUUAUUUUUGUGAAUGAUAUCAAUGACCACCCCCCUAUAUUUCAGGAAACGCUGUACCGAGUAGAUAUCAGUGAAGACAUACCGAUAGGCAGCUACAUUAAAGGGGUCUCUGCAACAGAUGGUGAUUCUGGGCAGAACGCCAACCUGCGCUACUCCCUGGUGUCUGGAAACGCUCUGGGCUGGUUCUCCAUCAGUGAAAACAGCGGUCUGGUGACCAGCGCCGCUUUGUUGGACAGAGAAAUAGCAUCUGAAAUAGUGCUCAACAUCAGCGCCAAGGACCAGGGGCUGCAGCCCAAGAUUUCCUACACUAAGCUGAUAGUCAACAUCACAGACGUGAACGACCAAGUGCCCACGUUCGCGCAGAGCACGUAUCACGUUUCCCUGGUGGAGCACGCUCCCGCCGGCACCGAGCUGGUGCUGCUGUCGGCGUCGGAUGACGACCUCGGGCCCAAUGGAACUAUCCGGUUCUCGUUCGAUGCCGAGACUCCAGCUGCCGUGCAGGAGCAGUUUCGCCUGGACGCCAAGUCUGGGCGGUUGAGCGCGGCCGUAGAGCUGGACAGGGAGGACCAGGCCUCGUACCUGCUCCACAUCCGGGCCGUGGAUGCCGGGGCCCCCCCUUUGCACUCUGUGGGGAAGGUCAACGUCACGCUUUGGGAUAUAAACGACAACCGGCCGGUCUUCUACCCAGUGCAGUAUUUCGCCAACGUUAAAGAGAACGAGCCGUCGGGUUCUUACGUAACGACCGUUUCGGCCACAGAUCCCGACUUGGGGCGAAACGGCACAGUAAAGUACCUCAUCACAGCAGGAGAUACGUCUAAGUUUCGCGUUAACAGCAACACAGGGAAAGUGACCACGCUCGUGCCGCUGGAUAGAGAGGAGAAAACGGCCUACCAGCUGCAGGUGACGGCAGCAGAUGGGGGGGGGCUGCGCUCACACACACAGGCCAUAGUGACCGUAACCGUCAUAGACACACAGGAUAACCCGCCGGUCUUCAGCCAGAGAGUGUACACCUUCGUCAUGUUUGAGAACGUUGCUGCAGGGAACGUUAUAGGGACGGUGUCGGCCACCACGGUUGAUCUGAACACAAACAUCUCAUAUCUGAUCACCUCGGGGGACCAGAGGGGCCUCUUUUCCGUGAACAGUGCAGGUCAGAUCACGGCGUCCAGUCAGAUCGACAGAGAAGAGCAGGGAUUCUAUCAGCUGAAGGUCGUAGCCAGAGCCGGGGAGAUCACAGGGGAGGCUUUUGUUAACAUAACCGUGAGAGACUUAAACGAUAACGCUCCUCACUUUAUUCACUCGGUGGAGCACGUGAGUGCUGUGGAGAACUGGAGCACGGGUCACGUGAUAUUUCAGGCUAAGGCUUCAGAUCCUGAUGAAGGUUCAAACGGCAUGGUCGUCUACAGCCUCAAAGAAAACCCCAGAGGUCUGUUUCACAUCCACGAGAAGCACGGCCUCAUCACGCUGACCGGGCCGCUGGAGGUCACCACGAGCUCCUACGAGAUCGAGGUCAUCGCCUCGGACAUGGGGGUUCCCCAACACACCUCCAGCCUGGUCCUCAUCGUCAGCGUGUAUGACGUCAACGACAACUCGCCCGUCUUUGACCAGCUCUCGUACGAGGUCAUCAUCCCAGAGUCGGAGCCCGUCAACAGCAGGUUCUUUAAAGUGGAGGCCACCGACAAAGACUCUGGCCUCAACGGGGAGAUCAUGUAUGAUAUCGUUGGCGGUAACACGGGGGACGUGUUUGGCAUUUUUCCAGACGGGCAGUUGUACAUCAAAGCAGAGCUGGACAGGGAGAUACAAGACAGGUAUAACUUGGUGGUCGUGGCCAAAGACAGGGCCGUGGAGCCGCUGAGUGCUUCUGUUAACGUCAGCGUGAUCCUGGACGACGUGAACGAUAACCGUCCUCUCUUCAACAGCACCAAUUAUGUGUUUCACUUUGAGGAGGAGCAGACGCGGGGGUCUAUUGUUGGGCAGGUUUUCACUGAGGACAAGGACUUUGGCCCUAACAGUGAGGUCAGAUACACAUUUGAGACCCCACAGCCCAACUUUGAGCUGAACGCCAUGACGGGGGAGUUGACCAGCACGCUGCAGCUGGACCGGGAGUCCCUCAUGAGACAGAGAGGCGCCACCGUGUUCAGCUUCGUGGUCGUCUCGGCAGACCAGGGUCUCCCCAAACCCCUCAGAGACCAGGCCAAGGUGCAAGUUUACAUUCAGGACAUCAAUGACAACACUCCUAAGUUCACCAAAGACAUUUACCAGGCCUCCAUCUCUGAGUCGGCUCAAAACAUGACUCAGCUGCUGCGGGUCUCCGCCUCAGACGUGGAUGAAAACAAAAACGGAGUGGUCCAUUAUCGCAUCACUCAAGGCAACGAGGAGGGCCAGUUCACAAUAGACGGCAGCUCUGGACAAGUGACUUUAGUUGGGAAACUUGACUAUGAAUCUACAUCCUCUUAUGUGCUGAAAAUCCUGGCUGUGGAUGCCGGAGCUGUGCCCUUGUCCUCCUCGUGUAUGCUAAGCAUCAGCAUCAUGGAUGAAAAUGACAACUCUCCCUCCUUCCCUAAGUCUUCCUUGUCUGUGGACGUCCUGGAAAACAUGAGGAUUGGAGACCUGGUGGCCUCGGUGACCGCCACCGACGCGGAUUCAGGCCCGAACGCAGACAUAACGUACAGCAUCACGGCCACCAACAACCACGGCACCUUCAGCAUCAGCCCCAACACUGGCAGCAUUUUUCUGGUCAAAAAACUGGAUUAUGAGACUCAAUCACUGUACAAACUCAACAUCACUGCGGUCGACAACGGCAGGCCGCCCCGCUCCUCGUCCAUUCCUGUGGUCAUUCAUGUUCGGGACUUUAAUGACAAUCCUCCCAUAUUUUCCCCCGGAGACAUCUUCAAAUCCAUCCCUGAAAAUCUCCCUCUCUCCGCCUCAGUCAUGACCAUCGCAGCUCACGACACGGAUGCUGACAUAAACGGCCAGCUGGAGUACUCUAUUGUUCAGCAGAUUCCCCGCGGGAACCACUUCAGUAUUGACGCGAGCAAUGGGCUGAUUUACACCAGCAAGCAGAUCGACCGGGAGUUUUCCAACCUGUUCGAACUGACCGUCAAAGCCACGGAUCAGGCGGUUCCGGUCGAAUCCCGCCGAUUCGCCCUGAAAAAUGUCACAAUAUGGGUCACAGACCUGAACGAUAACUCCCCCACGUUCGUAUCCCAGAACGCCCUGGUGGCCGAGCCCAACAUAGUCAUCGGCUCCAUCCUCACGACCGUGGUGGCCUUUGAUCCCGACGACGGUGCGAAUGGAGAAGUGGAGUACGAGCUUAUGGAAGGGGACUCUGACACCUUCAUCAUGGACCGCUACAGCGGGGACAUUCGCCUGGCUUCGCAGCUGGUCUCGUCCCGAAUCAUGUACACCCUCACGGUGUCGGCCACCGACCACGGCACCAACCGCAGGACCUCCCGGACCGAGCUGAACAUCAUCCUUCAAGGGUUGGACGGACCUGUUUUCUCUCAGCCCAAGUACAUCACCAUCCUCAAGGAAGGCCAACCGCCCGGCACAAACGUGAUCUCUUUGGACGCCUCCAGCCCGAGAGGAUCCACGACCAAAGUCGAGUACUUCAUAGUGGCGGUGCGCAGCGGCGGGAGUGGCGGGAAGACCGUGGGACGCCUGUUCACCAUCGGCCGCCACACAGGAGUGAUACAGACGGCUGCAGAGCUGGACCGGGACCAAGGAUCCGACCUCUAUCUGGUGGAUGUGUACGCCAUCGAGACGGCCGCCAGCCAGCCCAGGACGCAGCGUGCUGAGGUGGAAAUCACGCUACAGGACGUCAAUGACAACCCGCCCGUUUUUCCUAAUGACAUUCUUGAUGUGACCAUUGAGGAGAAUGUCGGAGAUGGCUUCAAGAUAAUGCAGCUAACAGCCACGGAUGCAGACAUGGGCCCCAACGCUCUGGUGACGUACACCAUCAUCAGCGGGGCGGACGACAGCUUCCGUAUCGACCCCGAGUCCGGAGACCUGAUCGCGACCAAGAAGCUGGACCGGGAGCGCCGGUCCAAAUAUUCCCUCCUGGUGCGAGCGGACGACGGAAAACAGUCGUCCGACAUGAGGCUGAACAUCACGGUCAAAGACGUGAACGACCACACACCCAAGUUCUCCCGGGCAACGUAUUCCUUCGACAUCCCCGAAGACAUGGCACCAGGCUCCAUCGUGGCUGCGAUCCUGGCCGGCGACUCGGACUCGGGGGUGAACGGAGAGGUCACGUACUCGCUGGAGGAGGACGACGAGGACGGGACGUUCCUGCUGAACCCGGUGACGGGGGUUUUCAACGUGACGCGGGCGCUGGACUACGAGACGCAGCAGUACUACAUCCUCACGGCGCGGGCGCAGGACGGCGGCGGCCAGGCCAGCACGGUCAGGGUCUACUUCAACGUGCUGGACGUCAACGACAACCCGCCCGUCUUCAACACCACCGUCUACAGCACGUCUGUGUCUGAGAGUCUGCCGGCCGGCUCCAGCAUCAUCACGGUCGGAGCCAGCGACGCUGAUGACGGCCCGAACGCCCAGCUGUUCUACACGAUCGCCUCCGGGGAUCCGCAGUCCCACUUCACCAUCACCAGGGACGGGCUCCUGCAGACGCAGAAGGCCCUGGACCGGGAGACCCAGUCCUUCUACAACCUGGUGGUGACGGUCAACGACCUGGCGCCGCCGCCCGCGGCGCGCUUCACCAGCACGGCCCAGGUCUCCGUCAUCCUGCUGGACGUCAACGACUGCGCGCCCACCUUCACCUCCCAGAAGAAGGCCUACAUCCAGGAGAACACGCCCGUGGACACGGUGGUGUUCACGGCCAAAGCCGCGGACGCCGACAGCGGUCCCAACAGCUACGUGGAGUAUUCUCUCCGCGGACCCUUUGGGAAUAAAUUCAACAUCGGCACGAUCGACGGAGACGUCCGUUUGGUCGGGGAACUCGACAGGGAGGAACUUUCCAACUACACGCUCACGGUUGUGGCUACAGAUAAAGGCAAGCCCGCUCUUUCCUCGUCCAUGGAUGUGAUCAUGAUGGUGUUGGACGUCAACGACAACACGCCCAGUUUCUCUCAGAAUAUCUACGACAUUGAGAUCGAGGAGAACGUGUUGACCGGCACCGACGUCAUCCAGGUCUUUGCUAGCGACGCCGAUGACGGCAUCAACGGCCAGAUACGUUUCUCGGUGUCCGGGGGAAACACCAACGCUGAUUUCCGGAUCGAUUCGGUGACCGGGGUGAUUUCCGUGGCCAAGCAGCUGGACCGCGAGACGUGUUCGUCCUACUCGCUGGUGGUGCAGGCGGCCGACCGCGGCAGCAGCCCCCGCGUGGACCGCGCCACCGUCAACAUCCUUUUACUGGACGUUAACGACUGCUCGCCGGUGUUUGAGCUCUCCCCGUACUCCAUCAACGUCCAGGAGAACCUCAGGAACCUCCCGAAGAGCAUCCUGCAGGUCAGUGUCUGUUUCUUUUUCUCAGGGUCCUUGGUCUUUGCCGUUACCGUCACGGACGAGGACUCCGGUUCCAACUCGCAGCUGCAGUACUCACUGAUGGGCCGUAGUUCUGAGAAGUUCAAGAUCGACCCAGUACGGGGGGCCAUCACCGCCAACGAGAGGCUGACCGGAAGCUCAGAAGUCACGCUCACAGUCCGGGUAAAAGACGGCGGCGCUAAUCCCAAAACGGACGCCACCACGGUGACCGUGCGCUUCGUGACCGGAGGAAACUUCCCCGUCAUCAAGCUGAGGGAGCGCACUUUCACCUUCCCGGAGAGCCAGCCGAGCAAUCACAUCGUCACCACGGUGACGGGGACUUCUCAGAGGGGCGGAGCGCUGUCGUAUUACAUCGCCAGCGGCAACCUGGACAACGCCUUUCACAUUGACCAGCUGUCCGGCGAGUUGUCCAUCAGACAUCCUCUGGAUUACGAGCACAUUCAGAAGUACGUCCUGUGGGUCGAGGCCAGAGAUCAGGGCUUUCCACCUUAUUCCUCCUAUGAGAAAUUAGAAAUAACGGUGCUGGACGUGAAUGACAAUCACCCGGUGUUUGAUAAGGAUCCGUUCCACGCUGAGAUCCUGGAGAAUCUUUCCCCUCAGCGGGUGUUGAUGGUCUCCGCUCUGGAUCUGGACAGAGGGACUAACGGACAACUGGAAUACGCCAUCGUCGACGGCAACAAAGAGAACAGCUUCAGCAUCAAUCGGGCCACCGGUGAAAUCCGGAGCACCAGGCCGCUGGACCGGGAGAAGACGGCGAUGUACGUUCUGAACGUGAAAGCCACCGACCGCGGCUCGCCGGCCAAAAGCACGGCCGUCAAGGUCGUGAUCAACGUCCUGGAUGUGAACGACAACGCCCCGAGGUUUUCCAAGAUAUUUAGCGCCACGGUGGCAGAAAAUGCGCCAGUGGGCUACACCGUCACCAGAGUCACCACCACGGAUGAGGACGCCGGUUCCAACGCCAUUAGCCGCUAUUCAAUCACAGAUACCAGCAUCCCGUUCAAUAUCAACCCAAACACGGGGGACAUUACCAUCAGCAGGCCCCUCAAUAGAGAGGACACGGAUCACUACAUCGUCAAAGUGGCCGCGCACGACUCCGGCUGGACCGUAAGCACGGAUGUCACUAUAUUCAUAACGGAUAUUAAUGAUAACGCUCCCAGAUUUAGCCGGCCGUCUUACUACCUGGACUACCCGGAGCUCACGGAGGUCGGCUCCGUGGUCACACAGGUCUCCGCCACGGAUCCCGACGAGGGUUUCAACGGCAAGAUCUUCUAUUUCAUACGAUCCCAGUCGGAAUAUUUCAGAAUCAACGCCAGCUCCGGGGAGGUUUUCGUGAAACAGCAGUUGAAGUAUCAGAACUCCACGGGUGCCAGUAGUUUAAAUAUAAAUCGCCACAGCUUCAUCGUCACGGCCUCAGACCGAGCAGUCAAGCCUCUGAUGAGUGAGACGACAGUGAUUGUGAACAUUGUAGACAGUAAUGACAACCCUCCCGAGUUUGACUCGACGAGCUACUUCACUCCCGUCACCAAAAGCGUCAAAGUCGGCACCAGGCUCAUAAGAGCUGUGGCUCAUGACAAAAAAGACUUUGGCCUUAAUUCAGAGGUCGAGCAUUUCAUAACAGGUGGAAACAGUUCUGCUAAAUUCAAACUGGAUAAAACAAGUGGCUGGAUUACCGUUGCCUCGUCGCUCACAUCUGAUAUGAAUAAAAUUUUCCUUAUUGAGAUCACUGCGAGAGACAAAGGGAACCCCCCUUUGUCAGCAAAAGCGUCAGUGAGAAUUGCAGUCACAGAGGAAAAUCACCACACGCCUGAGUUCUCACAAAGCCAAAUUUCAGCUACCGUACCUGAAAGCCUUGCUGUGGGAACAGCAAUAAGGACUCUGUCUGCCAGAGACAAAGAUAAAGAUAUGAAUGGCCUUAUCACGUACAAUAUCACUUCAGGCAAUGACAAGGGUCUGUUUGCACUUAAUAGUAAGACUGGAGUGUUAUCCCUCGCCCAGCCUCUGGACUUUGAAGAGAAGCAACAACACGAGCUUAAAGUUUCAGCCACAGACGGCGGCUGGAUUGCAAAAUCGAGCUACGUCUCCGUUACGGUCCACGUGACCGAUGUGAACGACAAUCCUCCUGUGUUUGAUCCCGACGAGAACUUCCCCAUUGUGCAGGAGAACGUUCCGAGUGGCACCACGGUGGUCAAAAUGAACGCCACGGACGGCGAUUCGGGAGCCAACGCUGUCAUGGCUUAUGUGAUUCAGUCGUCGGACAGCGAUCUCUUUGUCAUCGACCCAAACACGGGCACAAUCACCACCCAGGGCUUCUUGGAUUAUGAAGCCAAGCAAGUCUACCAUUUAACAGUAAAGGCCUUCAAUGUCCCAGACGAAGAGCGCUGCAGCUUCGCCAAUGUCAACAUUCAGCUAAAGGGAGCAAAUGAAUACGUUCCCCGCUUUGUCUCCAAACAGUACUACUUUGAGAUCUCUGAAGCGGCUCCAAGAGGCACAGUGGUCGGGGAAGUGUUCGCCAGUGAUCGAGACCAAGGACGGGACGGAGUGGUUUACUACCUCAUUUUUGGAAGGAGCAGAAAGAAGGGCUUUGGCAUCAAUAGGAAAACGGGUCAGAUUUAUGUCACAGGUACUCUAGACCGUGAGAAAGAGGAAAAGAUUUCACUAAAGGUGCUGGCAAAGAACGCAGGAAGCAUCCGUGGGGCGGAUAUGGACGAAGUGUUUGUGAAUAUAACUAUCCUCGAUGCCAACGAUCCACCCGUUUUUACCCAAGAACUGUACGACGUGCAAGUCAGCGAAGGUCUGUCGCCUGGUGGGCUGGUCACCUUCGUGAGCGCCGAGGACUCGGACUCAGUUCCGAGCUGGAGCAGAUUUUCGUACACCAUUGCUCCUGAAUUUGAUAAAAACGUUUUUACGAUCAACCCAAAAACCGGACAGGUGUCUGUGGCUGCAGAGCUGGACAGAGAAAGAACUCCCGUGUAUAACCUGACCGUUCUUGCCGUGGAUACUGGCUCACCUCCUGCCACCGGAAGCGCCACCAUCAUUGUGAAUCUGGAAGACAUCAAUGAUAAUGGUCCAACGUUGGUAACCGCCUACGCUGAAGUAAUGGAGAACCAGAGAGCUGGUACUCCCGUCACGACCCUGACCGCCUCUGACCCAGAUCUACCGCCCAACCAAGGCCCUUACCUGUACAGCCUCAUGAGCUCGGGCUCGGCUAACAGCUACUUCAGCCUAAGCUCAGCUGGGGUGUUGAGCACCAGUAGGGAGAUCGACCGAGAACAGAUUAGUGACUUCUACCUCUAUGUUGUGAUCAAGGACUCUGGCGUGCCUCAAAUGUCCUCCACGGGAACAGUUCAUGUCAAAAUUAACGAUCAGAAUGACAACCCUUCGGAGCCACGCAACAUGGAGAUUUUCGUCCACUACUUCGGAAACAUGUUCUCUGGAGGUGCUUUAGGAAACGCUAAACCCCAAGAUCCUGACAUCCAUGACAGGUUCCAUUGCUCACUUGUCUCUCCAGCCUCCGGUCUGUUUAGCAUCCCGUCGGGAACAUGCAACCUCAACUCCAAAGCCCGAUCAACAGACGGGACCUUUGAACUAACCAUCCGCAGCAGCGAUGGUGUCCACGGUACAGUCAGUAAUACAGCCAAAGUCUUCUUCAUGGGCUUCACCAAUGCCACCGUGGACAACAGUAUUCUCAUCCGACUCCACUCCGAAGGAGUCAAAAGCUUUCUUACGAAUCACUACCUCAGCUUCUUACGCAUUGCCAACUCUCAGCUAGCUGGACUAGGCACAGGUGUCCUGCUCUACGGAGCGUUUGAGCUCAACAAUCAGACUUUCCUGAUGGCAGCUGUGAAAAGGGGCCACGGACAAUAUGUGAACCCCAGUGGCGUGGCCACAUUCUUUCAGAGUAUCAAAGACGUUUUACAUAGGCAGAGCGGGGUUCAAAUAGAUGCGGUGGACCAUGAUCCGUGCACACAUAACCCGUGCCAGAACGGAGGCAGCUGCAAGCGGCGUCUUAGUGUCGGGCCUGACAUGAAGAUAGAAGAAAGUGUCCCUGUGAUCCUGGUUUCCAACCACCCGCUGCAGCCCUACGCCUGCAGCUGCAGGCCGGGAUACGCGGGAGCUCUGUGCGAGACAGACAUCGACGAGUGCCAGCCGUCGCCUUGCCACAAUGGCGGCACUUGCCACAAUCUGGUGGGGGGGUUCUCCUGCACCUGUCCAGAGGGUUUCACUGGGAUGGCCUGCGAGAGGGAUGUCAACGAAUGCCUUUCCAAUCCCUGCAAGAACGGGGCACUGUGCCAGAACUUCCCCGGCGGCUUCAACUGCCUCUGUAAAUCCGGAUUUGCAGGAAAAACGUGUGAUUCCAUCAUCAAUCACUGUGAGUGUAACCCUUGUUUUAAUGGCGGUUCCUGCCAGAAUCGGGUGGACGGAUAUUACUGUCAUUGCCCAUUCGGGGUUUUCGGCAAACACUGUGAGCUCAACAGCUACGGCUUUGAGGAACUUUCCUACAUGGAGUUUCCAUCCCUGGAUCCCAACAACAACUACAUAUACAUCAAGUUUGCUACCCUGAAGAGCAACGCGCUGCUCAUGUACAACCACGACAACCAGACCGGAGACAAGGCCGAGUUCCUGGCGUUGGAGAUCAUCGAGGGACAGAUGCGUUUCUCCUUCAACCUGGGCAGUGGAACCUACAAACUAACGACCGCUAUGAAGGUUUCUGACGGCCAGUUCCACACGGUCAUCGCCAGGAGAGCUGGAAUGGCUGCGUCCCUGACCGUGGACCUGUGUGGCGACGAGCAGGAACCAGGAUACUGCGCCGUGAGUGACGUGGCCGUACACACCGACUGGAUCCUGGACGUGCAGCCCAACCGGCUCUCGGUCGGAGGCGUCAGGUCAAUAGAACCCGUCCUUCAUCGGCGCGGCCAGGUCGCCACCCACGACUUCAUCGGCUGCAUCAUGGAGUUCGCCGUCAAUGGCCGCCCGCUGGAGCCCAGUCAGGCGCUGGCAUCGCGCGGCAUCCUUGACAGAUGUCCGAGACUGGAGGGAGCCUGCACCGCCAGCCCCUGCAGACACGGGGGCACCUGCUUGGACCGGUGGUCCUGGCAGCAGUGCCAGUGCAUGGACGGAUUCACCGGAAAAUUCUGUGAGAAGUACAUGACAGCAGACACGGCUCUGUCUCUGGACGGGACGGGACGCCUGGACUACUCCCUGAAGCAGGGCCCCAAACGUGACGUUCUGCUGAGACGGUCGCUGCAGGGUGCGGCCCGCGACGCCGCGGCGCGCGACGCCGCGCGGCCCAGCCGCCUGGAGAUCAAGUUCAGAACCCGCAGCAAGAGCGGCACGCUGCUGCACGUGCAGGAGAGCAGCAACUACACCACCGUCAAGCUGCGGAACGGCAACCUGCUCUACAUCUCGGACGCGGGCGUCGGCGGGAAGGUGGAGCGGACCGUGGGGGACGCGGUGCUCUCGGACGGCCUGUGGCACACGCUGCGGCUGCUCAAGAACGGCUCGUCCACCGUGCUCCGGGUGGACGACGUCCAGCCCAGAGUCAUCCAGCACCCCACCCAGGACUUCGGAGGUCUCGGUGUCCUGACCCUCUCGCUGGGAGGAAUCCCACCCGGACCAGCUCAGCAGAAAACCGGAGCAGGUUUUGAUGGCUGCUUGGCCUACAUGAAGUACAACGGAGAGAACCUGCCUUUCACCGGGGAGCACAGCCUGGUGACCUUAAGCAAGAGCAGCUCGUCCGUCAAGAUCGGCUGCCGAGGGCCCAACCUGUGCGAGAGCAGCCCGUGUCCGGACGGCCUCCUGUGCGUCAACCAGUGGUACACGUACCAGUGCGUCCCGCCCGGCGACUGCGCCUCCAGUCCCUGCCAGAACCACGGCAGCUGCGUGCCGGGAGCCGGCUCGGGCUUCACCUGCGUCUGCUCGGAGUUCUACACCGGCGAGACCUGUGAAACCCUGGUGGCCUGUUUGGGCGUGCAGUGCCCGCAGGGCACCGUCUGCAAAACGGCCGACAACGGCGGGUUCGUCUGCAGCCCCAGCCCCACCGUGGAGACCAUGGUCCUGCCCAUCUGGGCGGUGCCGGCCAUCGUGGGCAGCUGUGCCACGGUCCUGGCCCUGGUGGUGCUCAGCCUGAUCCUGUGCAACCACUGCAAGGACCGCAACAAGACCAAAGUGCCAAAGGAACCCAAGGAGAAGAAACCCACGGAGAAGAAGAAGAAGAAGAAAAAGAAGAAGGGCAGCGAGAACGUAGCCUUCGAUGACCCGGACAACAUCCCGCCGUACGGAGACGACAUGACCGUCCGGAAGCAGCCAGAAGGGAACCCCAAGCCGGACAUCAUCGAGCGGGAGAACCCUUACCUGAUCUACGACGAAACGGACAUCCCCCACAACAACGAGACCGUUCCCAGUGCCCCCUGCGCCCCCUGCAACGGCCCAGAGGCAGAUAUUGAACACUACGACAUCGAUAACGCCAGCAGCAUCGCCCCGUCAGAUGCCGACAUCAUCCAACACUACAAGCAGUUCCGCAGCCACACUCCCAAGUUCUCCAUCCAGCGCCACAGCCCGCUGGGCUUCGCCCGGCAGUCCCCGCUCCCCCUCGGGGCCACCAGCUACACCUACCAGCCCCAGUACACCCAGGCCCUGAGGUCCACCCCGCUCAGCCACUCCCACUCCGCCUGCCAGACCCCCAACCCUCUGUCCAGACACUCGCCGGCGCCCUUCACCAAGCCCUCGUCCUUCUACCGCAACACUCCCACCAGAGAGCUCAACCUGGCGCGCCGCGAGGGCAGCCCGCUGGACAUGCAGCACGACAUGUGCCAGCCGCCGCCCAUGUUCAACUACGCCACCCGGCUGGGGAGGCGCAGCAAGAGCCCGCAGACCAUGGCCAGCCACGGCCACGCGUCCCGGCCCGGGAGUCGGCUGAAGCAGCCCAUCGAGCAGAUCCCCCUGGAGACGGGGCCUCCGGUCGGGCUGUCCAUCGAGGAGGUGGAGCGGCUCAACACCCCGCGGCCGCGCAACCCCAGCAUCUGCAGCGCCGACCACGGGCGCUCCAGCUCGGAGGACGACUGCCGCAGGCCGCUGUCGAGGGUCCGCAACCCGGCCGACGGCAUCCCCGCCCCCGAGUCCUCCUCGGAAAGUGACUCGCACGACUCCUUCACCUGCUCGGAGAUGGAGUACGACCGGGAGAAGCCCGUCUCCUACAGCUCGCGGGUCCCCAAGCUCUCCCAGGUCAACGAGUCGGACGCCGACGACGAGGACUACGGCGGGAGGCUCAAGCAGAGGCGGUACUCGAGUCGGCGGGCCGAGGGAGGGCCGGGCAUCCCCCAGAUGCCGCCCAGCGAGCAGCACUACACCCUACCCCACAAACUGGGCCAGCAAGCCGGGGGCUUCAACUGGGACAAUCUGUUAAACUGGGGCCCCGGCUUCGGACAAUACGUAGACGUGUUCAAGGACUUAGCCUCGCUCCCCGAGAACGCUGCCACGAAAGACAUUGAAAUGAACAGUGGAGACGGUUCCGUGACCAUCCUAAACGAAGGAGAAGCCGAGCAAUAUGUAUGAGACUAUUUAUUACAAUGUUGUACAAUAUGGUGACGUUCUCCGUUUCAAAAAAAAGAGGAAAAAACACAAGACUGUAUAGUUUGAGAGAACAUUGGACUUUUUUUUUAAUACUCUGCAUAAUAAGACGACUUUCAAUGCAGUAAGGCAGAACAAUGGCAACCCCUAACUUGAGAUUUUUUUUGCCACCUUGGAUUAGUUUACCAAUCUUUUCUGGUUCAGACUUUUACAAUCACGCACUCACGUCUCGGAGGCCUCAUUAUGGCGUAUCGAUUAACACGGAACGGCUCCGGAGAGAAAUCCCUGUCUGAAUCUAAUUAACCGGCUGCUCAGCUCCACUCACGUUAUCUUGAUCAGACCUUUCUGUUCUUUAUUACCAGCAUUAUCUCUUGUUUCUCCAAAACUGUCACGGUUACAGCCGCCAGAUAAGAGCGAGCAUGAUAUUAAAACACUGCAAAGGAACCGAACUUGAGAGUAAGGAAACUCCUUGUCUCUGUCCUUUUAAGAGUCCAUUUCUAAUCACUUAAAAGGAAGCAGGUGUGUUUAAUCUUAACUGCACCUGAUAGGACACACCUUUGCGCAUGCACGUUAUUGUAGAUUCCCAUCUGGUCCCUUUCUGCUAAUCUGUCUCUCUAUCUUCUCUAUCUUCCUGGUGGGUUUUUUUUGUUUUGUGUCUUUCUCACUGAAGACUGGUUAAACACUCCAAGAGUGAGAUGUGAUCAAGUCUCCUGCCUUACAGACAUUUGAGGAUUCAGUGAGGGAGAGAAAUGAUGCUCUCCGGUUUGUCCGGCCCGAGGAGAGGACAUGUUUUUUUUGGGGAGUGGGGGGGGAAAUAGUGAUGUUAUAAAAAUUGUUAUUAACAUUCUUUGCAGGGGCGUCAAUUGGGUAUGGCAAGGUACGGCAGCCGUCACACCUCGGCUUCAAGGGAAAAUGUAAAUGUUUGUUUCUUUAAUACAUUUAUGGAAUUACUCUGUCUAUUUGUAUUGAUUAUUCUAUGAAUUAAUACAUAUAGAAUAACUACAAAUGCAAAUCAGAACAACAUGAUCGAUUUCACUAGUUAUUAUACACUGCAAAAACUGAAAAUCUUAAGAAUAUUUAUCUUAUUUCUAGUUAAAAUGUCAAAUUUUUAGUAAAAAAAAAUCUCAUUACAUUUAAGACAAGAUUCAAAAACAACCAUUUUCACCUGUUUCAAGUAGAUUUUGGAAAAAAAAUAAAUUACACUUAAAACAAGACUCAUCACUAGGAAAAAACAACAAUUUUCACCUGUUUCAAGUAGAUUUUCACUUGAAAUAAGUAGAAACAUCUGCCAAUCUGCCAUUUUUUUGCUUGUAAUGAGAAGAUAAAUCACUGCAAAAACUCAAAAUAAGAAUAUUUGUCUUAUUUCUAGUUAAAAUGUCUCAUUUUAGUAAAAAAAUCUCAUUACACUUAAAACAAGACUCAUCACUGGAAAAAAACAACCAUUUCCACCUGUUUCAAGUAGAUUUUCACUUAAAAUAAGUGGAAAAAUCUG